UGAGAGAAACCUACUUUUUAGAGUGCAAAAAGAUGGGAAGAGCCCCUUGUUGUUCUAAAGUUGGGUUGCACAAAGGUCCAUGGACUCCUAAAGAAGAUGCAUUGCUUACCAAGUAUAUUCAAGCUCAUGGAGAAGGCCUAUGGAAAUCACUACCAAAGAAAGCUGGGCUUCUUAGAUGUGGAAAAAGUUGUAGACUUAGAUGGAUGAACUAUCUAAGACCUGACAUAAAGAGAGGGAACAUAACCCCUGAAGAAGAUGAUCUUAUAAUCAGAAUGCAUUCACUUUUGGGAAAUAGAUGGUCCCUCAUAGCAGGAAGAUUACCAGGAAGAACAGAUAAUGAAAUAAAGAACUAUUGGAAUACUCAUCUUAGCAAAAAGCUGAAAAAUCAUGGAACAGAUGACAAUAACACACAGAAUAUGUUGUUGGAAAAUCCUCAACCCCAACAAGAACCUGCCACAGGGAACAAAAAGAAGAGCAACGGUGGCAAAAAGAAGAAUAAGCAUAAGAACAAAGACACGAAUGCAGAGCCACCCAAGACCCAAGUUUAUUUACCAAAACCCAUUAGAGUGAAAGCCUUGUAUUUACCAAGAACGGAUAGUAACACCUUCACCUUUGAGUCCAAUUCAGCUAGCGCAUCAACAAGCCAUGAAAAGGAAGAAAGCCCGUUAACAAAAGAAUCAAAUGUGCUUUGUGGAAUUGAUGACGAUGGUUUUGGCUUUUUUGGUGAGGACCAUGACUUAGUCAACACAUCAGAUGUUGAAUGUCAAUCUUAUUUUGCCACGGAUCAUGGCACGCUAGAGAAACUCUAUGAAGAGUAUUUCCAAAUCUUGAACAUGAAUGAUGAUCAUACCCAAUUUGAGUUGGAUUCCUUUGCGGAAUCUUUAUUGGAGUGAAAAAAUAAUGCUAAUGAUAUUGA